CAACCCCCCGUUCAGAAUAAACAAGAAGAAGAAACAGCAGCUGCAGUAGCAGAAGAAAUGUCGCCAAUCGUUAAAUGUGAGGAUUAAAUUCUCUCAAAGUGUUCAUAUAUGUUCACCGCAGAAAGACGACGAGGUGCAUUAGGCUGGUUCGUCCUGCAGUGUUGAUACGUCGUGGUAAAUAUCGCAGUCAAUUUCGACGGAAAUGGCAUUUAGACCGAGGUGGAACGCGAUGCGUGUCCAUUAUGAUCAACACUUCCCGCCAGUGGAAUCCAGAGAGGUAACGGUGCGUCGAGUAGUCAACAUUGUUGAAAGGAGGACCCCCGUCCAUUCUGUUGGGGGGAACUACGACAGAGGGUACGAAGAUGGCCAGUGGUUCGAUGAUGACCAAAGCUAUCGUGCCGAAGAAUGUCCCAGGGUUGACGAUUACCUACCAGAGCGAUAUUACGAUGACAACCCCAAUUACGUCAAUUUCCAAAGAAACUCUUCACUCCACCUUCAGGAGCCACACUAUCAAUGUCCACGUUAUGACAGAGAUGAUUUGAGGCAUCAGAUACGCUCAAGGAAAAACGGCAGAGGGGGUCCAUAUUUUAACAGGGGUCGAGGCCACUCUCAAAAUCGAGAGGACCAUAAUCACUUUAGGCACUCGCAGAACAUAAAAGGCGACUUGGACCGCUCAUCCGGGAAGCGGAAAAGUCAACCACCUGACAAACAGAACGUCUCUCCUGAGUCCGACAAAGGCUCUGCACACCCUCAAAAGAAUAAGCCUGUUGUUGUUCCAACCCCACCUACAAGUGUCCCUGCAGAGGAACCUCCUCAAGCAUCUUCAUCAACAAAGGCUUUGAAAUCAGAACCAGUUUCUAAGCCUGGUGACCUCACUACUGACCCUCGACCUCUGCGCCACCAGGAAAAAGCCACUGAUUUUGUGCCGGAAAAGGAGGAGGAAGCGCCAGUGGAGGCUGCUUCUACUAGCAUGGAGCCCGAGACAACACAAGAUGAAGAAUUAACGGCCCGGCGAUCGGAAGCCAUUAAAGCCAAGGCUCUGGAAAUAGAGAAGGUCGCGGGGGAAGUAGCUUCAGCAGGGAUAUCCAGACUUCCCUUUCCCUAGCCACUUCUUCCAGCUCUUCCAGAGGGAUCCCGAGGCAUUCCCAAGCCAGCCGAGAGACACAUAGUCACUCCAGCGUGUCCUUGGUCGUCCUCUGGGUCUUUUUCCGGUGGGACAUGCACGGAACGCCUCACCAGGGAGGCGUCCUAGAGGCCUCUGAAUCAGAUGCCCCAGCCACCUCAUCUGGCUCCUCUCAAUGCGGAGGAGUAGCGGCUCGACACUGAGCCCCUCCCAGAUCACCGAGCUUCUCACCCUAUCUCUAAGGGAGACGUCACAUACUAAGGAAGCGUAACUGGAUUGGCUGGGUGUUCGGUUCUGACCUGAAGUAACCCUGCCUGGUGGCACCGACUGUGAAGUUUAGACAGCGAAUUGUAGCCGGUUGAAUUGUUAACAUUGACAAGUUACACUGAAAUACAACUAUUGAAAAUGUGAUCACUUUACAUUUCAAAUUCAUAUCCCGGUGGCACAUAUUUACUUCCAUAAGAAUACAAUAUAGCGCAAACAUAUGUAUACUAUUCGUUCACUAAUGUCUCCUUGAUAACUCAUACUCUUCAUUGCAGGACAUAAGAAGCAUUGCCUUAUCUGCUGCCGGGAUUGACGCAUUUUUUUCAAUCGAAUCGAAUUCUCUUUCGUAAGCCCAUUCCAAUGCUCCUUUAAGAAAAACAUUUUAAAAAAACGAGUUAAUUAGUAAAAUAAUUGUGUGUAUUCUAUACAUUUCACUUCCUGUAUGUACUGUAAUUUCUGGCCUACGGAGCGCACCUUAUUAUAAGCCUCACCCAGUACAUUUGUAAAGGAAAUACCAUGUGAUACAUACAUAAGCCGCACCUGUGUAAAAGCCAUAAGUGCCCACAUUGAAACACAAGAUAAUUACAAAGACGGUACACAUUAAGAGUUUUCAAAGUUUUAAUACCUUAGCUUAUCUUAACAUAGCGACAAUACGGUAGCACGAACAGGGCUGCUUAAAAAAAUAAAAUAAAAUAAAAUAAACAGCCACGGCAGCUACACAGUAGCAACACGGUAACACAGCACUACCAGGGCCGGGGGGGAAGCAUACCGGUAAAAAUCAUUGUGACAUGGCAGUAACACAGCAGCAACGCGCUAGCAGUGCGCUAACGCUAGCACAGUGCUAACAGGGCGGGUUAAAAAAAAACAUACUGUUAAAAGUCACUUCCUCUGCACAUAUAUUCCACCCGUCUCAGUCUUACCUUUUUUGCUCACGUGCCCCCUUCCGGCCGUUAGAAAAAAAAUGCAUAAAUUAGCUGCAUCACCGCAUAAACCGCAGGGUUGAAAGUGUUUGGGGUUGUAGGCCGGAAAUUACGGUAAUUGUGCUUUUGAAAGCCAAUUCAAGGUUUCUAAGCAGUCCAAUUUCAUUUCCUCCUUAUCCGGUCAUCCCCAGCCGCCUGACAACCCUCACCCAUAUUCGGAGUAUUAUUUUGUUUAUAACAGUAUUAUU